UGGAUGGUUAUUUGGAGUUGCUUUAUGAGAAGAGGUCAUCGAGCCGGGAACAUGGACUGGAUCAACUGACAAAGGCAUUCACAAGCAAGUUCCAACUUGAUUUUGCAACAAGCAAGGGUGAGACCAUUCUACACCAAUGUGUUUCUAUUAUAAAAAAAAGGUCUGCUUCUGAAAUUCACUUAGCUGCCUAGGCAUUGGUCUUGCUUGCUAUGACUGUUGGGGAGAGCGAAACAGCAAAUAUAAUUUUCAAUGAAUCGAAUAAUCUUUUAUGUCGCAUUGCUAAACAGAGCAUUGAUGCUGUUAGCUGCAUCUUGGCACUCAGGUCGCUUGCAAUUUUGACAUUUGUUGUUGGAAGUGGCGAAGAUAAUGCUGCUAUGCUGGAUGUUCUAUGGGAAGUUGGAUCAUACAAUACAGCUGAUCACUCAGAUAUGGUAUCUGGAAUCACGGAUCCAACUCGUGAAGUCAGGGCAGCUGCCUUAAGUUCAUGGGCAUUUCUAUUAACUACAGUAACCCGAGAUUGGUUUGAUUUUGGUCGGUUAGAAGAAGUAUUUCCUUCUCUGCUUGAACUACUUAGAGCAGAGGAUCGUGUUGUCCGACUUUCUGCUGGAGAAGGAAUAGUUAUUAUAUUUGAGCAUUUAAACAAUUUGAACUUGGAUGUGGAUAGAUCUAUUGUUGGAAGCGCGGAAGAGGCCAGAUAA